AUGGGCGACCAUUACGUGCCUUUCCGUCAUUGUGACAAGCGCCGCCUUGUUGUGUUUGUCUUGUUGGCGUUCAUUGCUGGUGCGACCUUCUACUCAUGUACUCAUCUCCCAGCAUUCAGCAUUGCCGACACACCUACUAUUGCUCAUGCACAAGAAACGGUGGUUCCUCCUGGCAUCAGUCAUACAAGUUUCGAACAUGGGCUUGCACAAUGUGAAGCGCUUCAACGACCUCGACCCGUUCCACAGCCUGUUUCAGAAAGAACGGUGAACCCACGUGGCGCUGUCAAUAGCACGCUGUUGAUCAAGAAUGGCUAUAUUUGGCUCGGCAACGAAUACAUGGAUGGCGGCGAUGUGCUUAUCCAAGAUGGUGUGAUACGCGAGAUUGCUAUGGGAAUCGAGCCAUCGAGAGCUGACAAGGUGGUGGAUGCUGGUGGUCGCGUCAUUACUCCCGGCAUUAUCGAUAUGCACUCGCACAUGAUGGUGGAUAGCAUUGGUGGCAUCACUGCUGCUAUUGAUGGUCAUGAAAUGUCAGGGCCUACUAAGCCGUAUGUACGUGCUAUUGAUGCCAUGCGUCCUACAGACCUCGCUAUCAAGGUGGUCGCAAGUGGCGGCGUUACAACUAACUUGGUGCUUCCUGGAUCAGCCAACGUUAUGGGUGGAGAAGCUGCAGUUGUGAAACUUCGACCUAUGCCAACAUUAUCAGUGGAGGAUAUGCUUGUUACUGCCAAUGCAACAGAGAAUGAAUUCCCUUGGCGUUACAUGAAGUUCGCGUGCGGCGACAAUGCGAAAAGUUUCUAUGGGAAACAGCUCAAAAUGCCCAUGACACGAAUGGGUGAAGCGUAUCUAUUCCGAAAGAGAUUUGAGGAGGCUCAAGAAUUGAUGCGCCAACAAGAUGAUUGGUGUGAUACAGCCAUGCGUCUCAACAAGACAAUGCACCACGAUGCCUCAUCACCCGAGAUCCAGUUAUCCGAACCAUUCCCAGAAUCGCUCAAACUCGACAGCUUGAUUGCAUUGCUGCGUCACAAUGUCAAAUUGAAUAUCCAUUGCUAUCUACCACAAGAUAUCGAGGCUAUUGUUCGUCAUUCACUUGAAUUCGAUUUCGAUAUUGCCGCCCUUCAUCAUGCUUCCAGUGCUUGGCAGGUACCUGAAAUUAUCAAGCGAGCCAAAAACAACAUUACAGUUGCCACUUCCACAGAUUUUUGGGGUACUACGGUCGAAGUCUGGGAUCACAAUGUGUAUGCACCUGGCAUUCUGACGGAGGCUGGUAUUCCUGUCACGCUUAUUACCGAUCACCCGGUGACGAAUGGACGUGAUUUGGUGUACGAAGCACAAAGGGCGUAUCAUUAUGGUUGGGAUGAGCAUUUAGCUCUAGCUUCUGUAACCAGUGCUGCUGCUACGGCUCUUGGAUUGGAUUAUCGUAUUGGCAGUAUUGAAGUUGGAAAGGAUGCAGAUUUGGUUAUUUGGGAACGACAUCCAUUGCGACUAGGAGCUCGACCCAAACACGUGAUCGUGGAUGGCUUCGAACUUGAUUUCAAUGCGUCGUGGUUCAAGGGUGUGGUACAAGAAGAAUUCGCUGAAAAAGACGAGACACAAGAAGAAGGAUCCUCAUCACCAAUUGAUGUCAACGAUGUGCAUGCAUUGCCCAAUCGACCAACAAACGCCUUGUCUUUGGAAAGCCAUGAUGCCAACCAUCCUUCAUUAUUAAAGGAAGCAUGCCAUCCCAAUACCGAGUCCUUUGUAUUGCGCAACAUUAGCAAACUUUAUGCUGCUCCUGGAGAAGUAUAUACCGGUGCAGUCGAUUUGGUCGUUGAGGAUGGUCAUGUAAAAUGUGUUGGGACAACAUGUGAACAAGCGGAAUGGCCUUCGUCAGCUCCUAUUUUCCAAAUGCAUGGCGGCGUGGUGACACCUGGUAUCAUUUCUAGUGGUGUUUCAAUGGGCUUAAGUGAAAUGAUCAAUGAACCUGGAACGCAAGAUGGAUUUGCAAGAAACAAUAUCGAUGAUCCUGAUUUAUCAACGUCAAUUGUGCGUGCUGUUGAUGGCCUUCAAUUCAAUGGGUUACAUAUGCGAAAAGCAUUCAAAGCAGGUGUAACUACAUCCAUCACACAACCUAUGGCCGCUGGCGACCAAAUGUUGGCUGGUGUUUCAGUCGCUUUUCGUACAGGAAUCAAACAUACAUUGCUCGACUCCAAUGAUACCUAUGUCAAGACCGAAACCGCGCUUCACUUUGUAAUCACGCAUGGCAGCUCAAUGACCAUAUCCCAGCAAAUGGCAGCAUUGCGUUCUCUGUUACAAGAUAAUGAAGAUAAGGAUGCAGCCACCAAUAUCUUUGCACGUGCAGCUCAAGGUCAACUUGCAGUGGUGGUUGAGACGGAUGAUGCGGAUGAGAUUGCAUCGAUUAUCAACAUGAAGCAACAUGCAUUACCCAAGGUCAAGUUUAUUAUUCUGGGAGGUGCCGAAUCCCAUUUGGUAGCAAGCCAUUUAGCACGUGUACAGAUUCCUGUGAUUCUUAUGCCAGCGCGAUGUGUGCCUUUGAGCUGGCAAGCACGUCGAUGUCUCUAUGGUCCGCCGUAUUCCAAAGAUACAGCCAUUGAUAUCUUGUUACGGCAUGGUGUGCUUGUUGGUCUAGCAAGUGAGGAUCGAAAGGAUGGCAGUGCGCGUAAUCUGAUUUGGGAGGCUGGAUGGAAUUUGGCGCACAAUAAGGACAUGACCCAAGAAAUGGCCGUGGGCUUGGUCACGUGGAACAUUGCCCAGAUGUUUGGCUUGGAUGAACAAGUAGGUAUGAUUCGUCAAGGAUACAAGGCUGAUUUCAUCGCCUAUAACGGUAAUCCCUUUGAGUUUGGUACCACGAUUGAUAUGGUGUAUGGUGGUGGUCAUCCUGGCCCUCUUUGUUCUCCUCGACAAACGUAA